AUGAAAUUUUCAAUUAUUAAAAAUGUAGAAAAAAAAAUUUUAAUAUUUGUUUUUUUUUUUUAUUAUUUUUUAUUAUAUAAUGAAAUAAAGUGUUCAAAAAAAUCAAAGCUUCAUACAAAUUCCAACUUUUUUAAUAUAUAUAGUGUAGUAAGUAAAGAUUUAAGAUUAAAAAAUAAAAAUGAAUAUAUAAAAACAUCUAACGAUGGAAUAAAAAUAUAUGAACAAAUUAAUAAAAAAACAAAAGUAUAUUUUUUACCUCUUAUUUUAAAAAAUAAUAAUAAAAGAAUAGAUGAAAAUUUUAUUAAAAAAAAUGAGGAUAAAAACCAAUCAAAAAAUAUAAAGUUAGAUAAGGAAAACAAUGGAAAUAGCAAUAUAACAAUGAACGAAAGCGCUUAUGAAUAUUUAGAAAAUAAUUUAAGUUACCUAAAAGAUAAAAUGGAGAUAUUCAGUCAGUAUAUUAAUGAAUGUGAUUUUAUUGUUAUACCAAUUAGUUAUAAUGAUGUUUUAAAUAAGCAUUUACUUGAUAUUAAUUCAUUUAACAAUUUUAUAAAUGCAAUAGAUUUCUUAUUUUAUUUAGAACAAAAAAAGAAUGAUUAUAAUUUAAUUUUUUUUAUCUACAAUUGUGAUGAUUCCAAAGAUAAUGAUAAAUUCAUUAAAAAAGAAAAGACAGAAAUAAUAAAUAUCAUCAAAAUAUUUUUAAAGUGCCACUGGGAAGAUAAAUAUGACAAAUAUAUUAAAAUAAAUUUCUUUUUUGAAAAAGAUAACAUCCUUGAUAUUCAAAAAAUAAACACAGAAAUCAAUAAAAAAUAUUACAAAAAAAGAAAAAAAAGAAAUGAAAUAAUGCAUUUUAGUAAAGAAGAAAACACAUUUUUUAAAAAUUAUAAGCCUAAUGUUUUGAAAAAUUUAUAUAAUGAAAAUUAUUUUUUAUAUAAUUUUUAUUCUAAUUUUAAAUUAAAUAUAUUACAAGAAUAUUUGAAAAUAACAAAAGAUAUUAGAAUCAACAACUUAGACAUUGAAAAAAUAAAUAUUAAAGAAAUAAUUAAUAAUGUAGAAAACCUUUUAAAUAAAUUUAUAAGUUUUCAAUUAAAUGAUAAUGUAACAAAUCAGGAGAAUUCAGAAAAAAUAAAAAAUAAACAGUAUUCCUAUUUACUACAUAUUAUCUUAACAGAUCUAUUGGAAAAGUAUGAUUACAACUUGGAUCAAAUUAAAAAUAAUUUAUAUCAUAUGUUUAAAGAAAAUAUUAGAAAAAUUAAAAUUACAUCAAAUAUAAUACAUGAGUUUAAAAGAGAAAUGAAUUAUGUAGACAAGUUGUUUGAGUAUUAUAAUUCAAAAAUUUCUUUAAUGGAUUACUUUAAAAAAAAAGAUAGAAAUUUUGAACAAAAGUCAUAUUAUAUUUAUUAUUAUAAUAAAAUGAAAUUUCUUCAAUUAUUAAAUGAAACAACCAACGAAAUAAUAAAUUAUUAUAUAUCUAAAGGAUUAUAUGUUAGAAAUUAUGAUUUUAAUUCCAUGAUUCUUUUAAAAAAUUAUUCUUUUAUUAAUUAUAUAAUUUAUUACAUUACUAAUCUUUUAAAAAAUAAAAUUAACUUUAAUUUUAACUAUUUAUCUCCUAAUGCUUUCGGAUUUUCUUCAUAUAAGGAUGAUAUAUCACUGUCACCUAAAAAAGACAUUAUGAUAACAACAAGUGAAAUAGAUCAAAUAGAAAAAAUAAGCGUACCCCCUAGUGAAUAUUCUAAAAUACUGUUAUUACUUGACAAAAAUAAGAAAUAA